GCGUCUUUCAUCGAAUUCAGUCAAGUGUCAAACACAGGCUUGAUAGUUCUGUAUAAAAGACGAGAACGGCGCAUUAAUAGCGCUUUCAGCAGUCGAUCGCAGACAGCAUUGGUUAAGAAAAGAAAAUGUUGCAUACAAAAAUCUUCGCGAUCUUAGCACUAGUGUGCAUAAAUAAUCGAAUAGUUUUGAGCGAUUACUGUUAUCACGAUGACGAGAAUCCCUAUUUGUAUUAUUCUACACUCACGGCUUAUGAAAACGAGCAUGGUUUGAUUAAAAACGUCACAGUGCCAAACUGCGAGCCAGUGCAAAUCUGGAUGCUAGCGAGACACGGGACACGUUAUCCGACUAAGAAGGAAAUAAAGAGUAUGAAAAAUGACUUGCCGGAUCUUCAAGAGAGCAUUAUUAAAAAUCACAAGAAACACGGGCGCGGUAGCUUGUGCAGUAGUGACCUGAGAGAAUUAGAAUCGUGGGAGCUGGAUCCGAGCGUUCGCAAAUCAAAUAAAAAGUAUUUAACGAAGCAAGGUGAAGAGGAUUUACUGUCGCUCGCUAGGCGGUUCAAAAACUAUUUCCCUGAACUCCUGCGAUCUCGUCCGGAUGAAAUCUUGGAAGAUGGAUACAAAUUCAGAUCGACGGAUACCCAGCGUACGGUUCUCAGCAUGGAACGUUUCAUCAACGGUCUCUUUGGCAACGUGACCAUUGGUAACACGGAAGUGAUACCGAGUUCUGAAGACUAUUUAUUGACACUUUACAAGAAUUGCAAGGCAUGGGCGGAACAAUCUAACAAUGAAGACGAUGAAGUGGACAAGUUUUUAAAUACAUCACAGUUCACUCAAGUAGUUCAUAAUGUCAGCCGACGACUCGGUUUUAAGGAAAAUCUUAAUUCUGACGACGUUCUGCUCAUGCACAAUGCUUGCGCUUUUGAGAGCGCCUGGUACAUCGGGAAGAAAUCUCCCUGGUGCACAGCUUUCACAGCAGAUGAGUUAAAAGUAAUCGAGUACAAGAUGGAUCUUCAUUAUUACUAUCACGCUAGUUAUGGUCGAAACCUGAGCAGAGCUGUCGGCUGUCCACCAUUGCAGAACAUGUUUAAUCACUUCGUGAAACUUGAGAACGGGGACUCGGAGGAGCCGCGAGGUAUCUUUUAUUUCGCUCACAGUUCCGGGAUCCAGCUGCUCCUCACAGCAAUGGGCAUUGCGGAGGAUGCGACACCUCUUAAAGCCAACAAUUUCGAGAACAUGAGAAAUAGAACCUGGAACACGUCUCAUCUCGUACCGUUCGCUGCGAAUCUCGCUGCAAUCUUUUACAAGUGCGAUUCUGGGAACAAGGUGAGGUUCUAUUUGAACGAGAAACCUCUCGAUUAUGAUGGUUGCGAGGCGGGUGUCUGCGAUUGGGAGUACUUGAAAAAGAAAAUGGAAUUCGCGUUCAGCUGCGACACAGAUUUCUGUUCGAAGUGACGCCGGUGCACCGGUUCUUUCGACGGGUCAUCGAUCGCCUCAAGAGUCGCAUAAAAAAGAAAACAACAGGAGGCGAUGAAAUCACAUAAUGGUAAGAACGAUUCUGUCCGAGUGAUUACGAGCACCGUAUCAGAUGUGCUUUUGUCAGGAAUCAUAUGGAAGAAAUUACAGUCUUGACGACCCGCGCGCGUGUAGUAAUACACGUGUCCGAGGCAACGAAGCCAGACGACCUUAUAUUACUGUCAUAUAAGCUGGCGUGAUGAACGAUUGUUCGCAACUGUGCAUACAACAUUUCAACUGUGCAUAUACAAUUAUCAGUAUUGAAAAUUUACCAUUAUUCGAUUUCGUCGUAUCUGUUUAAAAAUUACCUCGGUUAUAUAAGAAUAUUCAAACAUGUAACAGCGUUAUACAAUUUUUAUCGGAAA